AUAUACGGAUAACAUUCUAGUCCCCUCCAUCAUCAAAACACAUCUUUCCACCCUAACUUCCUCACCGCAACGCUCAUGGCGCUGCUAGAUCUAUCCCAGCAAACUACACCUCCAGCAAGCAUCGUUGACGGCCCUCCGACACCACCCCUUUCUGCCGACGCCAAAUCCUCAGCGCGUGUCGUAGCGAUCUUAUGCGCCUUCAAGAGCUGUCAAACCGGCUAUCCACCUUCAGUACCCUGGACAGUGUAUAAACUCGAUAGUGGGGAGUACGAGGAACUGCAACGUCGACUAAAAGACGACGUGGAACUCUGCGAAUACGUGGAUGACAAAGUUAGAUACGAUUACGAUCCUGUUGGCAGCAGACUCGUUAUCCGGAUGCCAACGACGUUGCACGACACCUUUUCGUCAGAAUUGGUUGCGGACAUCAAGAAGGGAUUGGAAAAUUUAAAAGAGAAUCACGUGGAGACGCGGCCAUUCAUUGACAAAAUCAGUUCAGUGAGCGGCGCAAUACACUUCGAAGAUGAUGGCAAAAAAAUCAGACAUGAGCCUGAUAUAAGGUUUCAUCAUGAGGAUGCCGCAUGGCCCGGCGUCGUAAUUGAAGUCUCGUACUCGCAGAAGCGGAAGAGCUUAAUUGACCUGGCUGAUAACUACAUACUUGCAUCGGAUGGUGGAAUCAGAGUUAUGAUUGGAAUUGAUUUGGAAUACAAGAAGUCGAAGGAAGCCAGUAUCUCCAUCUGGCGAUUGAAAACAUCGCCGGGGAACGAUGGACAGCCUGAAGGGGAAGUCAUUCAGGAGCUUGACAAUGAGCUUUUCAGAGACGCCGAAGGCAACCCUGUCCGAUCAUCAGCCGGCCUCGAGCUGCCUCUUAACAACUUCGCUACUCAAGCACUGUCUGACGGGCUUCCCGAGUGCUCUGUGAUAGUUUGUCCUGAAACACUAUGCAAAUUGUUGGCCAAAGCAGAAAAGUGGAAUGACAAGUCGACGCUACUACAGGGUGUGAAGCCCGCGCGAAUCAAGCGGAAGUAUCGUCAAAAAACGCCGGAGGAGCAGCUCACGGUGUCAGACGAGGAGAAGGUUAUAGAGGAGGAACGUAGGACCCUGAGGAAGAUAGAGAAGGCCGACAAGUCUUAUGGGGAUGAAAGCUUAUCAGAUGAGGCGAGCAGUGAGGAAGCGAUUUAAAAGAGGGCGCAUUGAUCAAUUGCUUCGCGUAAGAAUAUGCGAGAUAUGCAAACACACGAAGGUCUUAAAUAGACCAACCACAGGGCUACACCUUUCAGUCAACACUAGGAGGACAACGACGGGAUAGCAUGGAUACAGGCAGGCAGCAGUGCCCACACGGACGUAGCGCUUCCGUUGAUCGCAGGACGUGAUACUAUCAAGCCACUCAAUACGACUAUAGUAACAAGGGG